AAGAUAAUAGCAUAAUAAAGUUUUUUCCUCAGAAGCUGGGGUCUAAACUCACUCUUAGGAGUACAUAAUUGCAGAUCAUAAUUCGAAACCUUGAACUAAUAAUUUAAGUGGAAAUUUUGUGACCAUCAUGAAAGAUCAACCAACGAAAGCCGGCCAGUCAAAGGUUGAGACGUCUUCGCAGCCCCCCAACCCUGACAAGAUGAGCGCUGACGCUACCACAAGUGAAACUAAGACAGAGAAAAAGGCGAAGGAACCGCCGGCCGCUGCUGAGGCCAGCACCAACAAACCAACCAUCAAGUUCCCUCAGACUUUCGAAGUCAAGUACCUCGGCAAGAGGGAAACUGGUGGUCUAUGGGGCAUCAAGCACACCAGACGGCCAGUCGACGAGAUGGUUGAGAGUGCAAAGUCACCUAAAGCGGGCCAGACUUUGCCAUUUCUUCACCUUGAAGUCAGCGAAAAAGGGGUCAACAUCACCGGCGCGCCAAACAAUCUGAAUAAAAACUUUGUUGCCGGAUUCCAUCCCAUAGAAACAAUAAGCUACGGCGUACAAGACCUGAUUUACACACGCGUGUUUGCGAUGAUAGUCGUGGAUGACAGCUCGUCGAACCCUCACGUCAACCGCCAUCCCUUCCACGUGUACGCCUUCGUGUGCGACUCCCGCCACAACGCUCGUCACCUAACCUUCUCCCUCGCACAGGCCUUCCAGCAGUUCUCUUCAGUGGUGAAGGACAACCCCAACAAAAUCAAGAAGUUCGCAAUUGAUCUACGAUCUCCCGAGGAGAAGGAGGCGGACCUCAAAGAGCCAGAUUCUGAGGCCUAACGAAUGCUUAGAGUGAACUGCUCAUUUUGAUAGUUUGAAGGUAACAUACAUAGCAAGUUUGGGUAUAGUUUCUACCCGUUCACAGACGGCUUUGCGACAUGGUUGAAUUAAUACAUAUAUUAAUUCAACCUUGGCUAUGCGAUACCAGAUAUACGGAUCUACAGAAACAAACGGCAUAAACGUGAGCGUAGGCCACUUCAACGUCUAUAACUCUAUAUGAUUAAAGAUCUUCAAGCUUCAUUUAGGACGACAUGCAAGCUGCAAGUUUCAACUUUUAGUUUCCUUGUCACAGCGUAUAGUAUACUAACGAAUAUGGAAGUUGCAAUUUAUAAAUUUACUCGACCAUUUAGAUUCAGAAAGAAAUUUUCAGUACGUUCAAGCAUUCCAGCUCAUCGUCUUUCUGCAACCGAGGCGUAAGAUUUUGAAUCGCUUAAUUAUUUUCUUUGAUAUCUUCAAUCCAAAUAAAAAGCAAGCAUUCUCAGGUAUGCAUAAAUACCAUUUUUUUCUAAAGACUAUAUAAAUUUACAGACACCCGCACGACGUUCUCAACCUAUUUCAGUUUUCUCUGAUGUAAAGUUCAUAUUCGACGCUCGUUGCUCUCUCAUUUGACUACAUUCUAUUUAUAAGUUAUCUCGUUCAGCGAACAAUCAUAUCUACAAGGCUGUUUAUAUCAGAUAAUAUAAUUAUUCAAUAGAUAUACUGCAACGUUUUUUGCCGUUGCUAGUAUAAAACGGAUAGUAUAUUAAACUAAGACGAUACAAAUGAAAUUAUUCUGUGCCACGCACCGCUAUAAAUACUAUCAAUAAUGGCCUUCUUCAAGAUUUUGUAAAAAAUGAUGUGGAUUUUAAGAGCCCAGCUGGAAUGCAUCUCUCGUAGCUUGAUGCAACCAGAAAUGCAAUAUCGCAUAUAAUGGCUCACCAGGAGUUUAUUGUGCAAAAUUUUUAGUACUAGGUUUCAACUUCUUCAACCUAGUAAGGUUUCAACUUCUUUAGAAGUAGCUACAAACUUAAUAGCGAUGUUUAGUUGACCAAGUUGAUUGAAUGUUAGUCAACUGCUCUGAAAUGUAUUCUUUUAAAUUUUUUUUACGGAAUAUAUAUUAAAUAUUUAA